AGUAUGGCAACACUGUGAAUGUAUGGGUCUAGACGAAGACGAGAUUCCCGACCAAUACUUUUGUGAACAAUGUAGGCCUUCUGAUCAUAUAGAAGUGAAAGGCUAUGAUAAAACGCGUAGAUAUUAUAAGCCUUCCUCACUCGUUGCUAUGGAAGCUUUAGAUAAAAAGCUACCCAAACGAAGAACAACCUUUAAUAGCCGAGAAGCGUCGAUCUCUAUUGAAGAAGUACUGGCUUUGAGAAACGCUAUUGAACAGUCCAAGGCUUAUGACGCUUCUGGUAUGGAACUCCCCAAUAGCAUCAAGGUGCAGCAAUAUGACGCUAUGGAGCAAAAGCUAACAGUAUUGCAAGACUAUGAAGAAACAGAUACACUCGUUAAACAAGUCCGACCUAAGCGGCAGCACAACAAAAAAUCAGAGGACUCACCGAAACAGACUGGAAAAAACAAAGAGAAAAAACCUCGUAAUCGUUAUACCCCUAGACAAUCUUCCUCAAUAACGCCUACAAGCACCACCUCAUAUAGCAAUUCAUUCACACCACCUCCUAAUUUCACAAAUAGCACGCGUCGAACAGCCAAUCAAUACAAAGGAUCACGCUCCCGUACAUCUACACCUCAACCCGAGUUACAGACACCUACAAGCUGCAGCAGCCAAUUAUUUGAACACUUUUCCCAGUCCGCUAGAGAAGCUUCACCUCCAGCCAAAGUCCGCUAUCCUUCACAUCGUAUGACUAUUUUGGAAAUGAAUCGAAGAGCAAAUCAAAUACUCGAGUACAUUUGUUCUCUACAAGUAGAGAUCGCUGCCAAAAAGCGCACUCGCCAUAAAGAAGAAGAGGAAGAUAGCGAAGAAGAAGAAGAUCAAAAGCGUCGAAGAUUGCUCGACGCUCAAAUCAGCGAAGCUAUGACUAAGGCUGCCUUACAACUCGAUCAACAAAAUGAUGACAAGAGUGACUCUUCAAAAGAAAACCGUCGUCCUACACCUAUCCUGAUACCUGGCAAAUUCGAUCAUGCUUCAUCACCGUCAAGUUCGUUAAGUAGUGCAAGCACAAUUCCAUUAGAUGACGAUCGUCUAUUGGAUAGCCAUGAAAAGAGUGUUGCUGAAGAAGCUAUUGACCGAAUGAGAAAACCAAAGCAUGAACAAUCUUCUAUGGAAAUUAUGGAUUUGCUAACUCGACAAGUGAUUACUUUCCAACGUAGGUUUGGCUUUCUAGGUACCCGUAAUUCCUCUAGUUCACUCUCAGAUAAUCUCGAAGAUUGUAGCGAUGGUCCUGUCACAAGGAGCAAUAGGUCUAUGCUGGUAGAUCGAAAUUGGUGAUCUUAUCUCAGUUUUUCUUAUUUAUUUUCUGUGUCUUUUUUACCCUCCCUUUUCUUUGUAUAUACACACUGCUUAUUAGAAAUAAACAAUUCAAAAAAAAUAU